AUGGCCUGGUGUGGAGUAUGGGCACGUAUGGGUGACGCGUUGGCGACCGACGUGUCGUCGGAAGUCGGAAGGCAACUAUACACCAGGCGGGCGAACGAUGUGGGAACUGGAAGACCGGCCUAUGUGGCACAAGAUAGAAUAAUUGCAAGUGCUACGGAUGACCUCUAUCGAGGGUUUUCUUCUAUCUUUGAUGUCUUGAUGCAAACGAGCCAAUCGGUCAACGACGCCAUUGUCACUCCUGGCGUUGACAGUGAGGAAGAAGAGGAUGACGAGGACAUCGGGCCACCGGCGCAGGGACCACCUAACUUCGAUCCGGCAAUCCUAGAUAUGGACAUACAACCCAGGAACAGGGCGUGGGAUAGGAAGGAAGGACCCGUGAAAGUUGAAAGAGGAAUGAACCGUGGGCUAGAGAUGGUGGAAGAAGAAGAGGACGAGGACGAUGAAGAUGAAGAAGACGAGGAAGACGAUGACGAAGAAGAAGAAGAAGACGAUGAUGAAGACGACGAUGAUUUAGACCGUGGCUUCGACGAAGUGUUACCAGAAGAAGAUCCAGGCUCUACAGAUGAUUGA